AUGUCUGUUGAAAUUCCAGUUAUUGAAGCUCCAAAGCCAAGAAAAUUUAUCAAGAAGCCUGAUGUUGAACAAAAGAACAAGCAAAUCAAGGAAUUAGAUACUCAAAUUAAGAAGAUCGAAGCUCAAGUUACUUUACUUUCCUCCCAAAUUGAGACCACUGUUACUCCUAAGGUUGACACUGAAAAGCGUCAAGAACUAACUGCCGAAUUGAGAAAGAUCAUCAACUCUCAAAAUGACAUCAAGAAGAAGAGAGAAUCCAUCAACCAACAAAUCAGAUUACUUGACCAAUCCAUUAAGAAGAAGGUUGGUGAAAUCACUUCAAAGACUUCCAAGUAUAAUUUUAAGACCACCGAAGACAUUGACAAGAGGAUCAGAAAGAUUGAGUCAGAUAUUGAGAGUGGUAAUCUGAUGCUUGUGGAAGAGAAGAAAGCAUUGAAGGAAAUGUCUUCUUUGAAUAAGUUAAAGAAGGAUUUUGCAGGUAUCGAACAAAUCCAAAAAUCCAUCGAUUCUGACAAGGCAAAGAUUGCAGAAUUGAAGGCUUCUCUUUCCACCGUUUCCAACAAGGAGGCUCAAGCUAAGUUUGAAGAAAUCACCAACCAGUUGAACGAGUUGACCGAGAAGAAUAAGGGUAUUCAAGCGAAGAGAGAUGAAUUAUUUGGUAAGAGAAGAGUUUUGCAAAAUGAGAAAUACGAAUUACUCAAGCAAAUAAGAAAAAUCAGAGAUGACUUUGACGCAAAGUUCAAGAAGUUCAAGGCAGACAUGGACAACGAAAGAAAGAAAAGAGAAGAAGAGGAAAAGGCGUACAGAUUGUACAUUGAAAGAAACGAUCUUAUGGAUGAAAUUAAAGAAAUCGAGUCGUCUGCUUCAACUGCUUCCAACGAGUUGGUUGACCAAAUCAAGGCAGCAAUUGUUGCAUUGGAUCCCGAAUUCAAGUUUGAUGAUGAAACUAGUGCUUUGGAUGCAUUAGAGUCAACCACUACUUCUUCCCAACCUGCGAAGUCAGUCGAGGCACCUCAACUCGACGAGUCUCUGGUCAUUAAGAAAGAAGAAGUUGCAUUUGUAUCUGGUUCUACUAAGGGCAAGAAGAGUAAGAAAAACAACAACAAGAAACAAAACAAGAUUGUUGAUCCUUCUGUCAUUACCAAAUUGACAUAUGUUGGUGCAACCAUUCCUGCAUCUAAGGACGAAUAUCCAAAGGUUAUUGACGAGCUUAAGGCCAAAUUAGAAACUGCAAAGAAGGAACAAGGAGAGGCAGCAGAGAAAGCCAAGGCUGAAGCAGCAGAAAAGAUCACAAAGAUUAAGGAACAAAUUUCUGGCUUAGAGAAGGAGAUCCUCCAAGAACUAGAAAAAGAGAAGGAAAGACAAGCAGCAAAGAGAGAAAAUGCAUCCAAGGAGACCGAAGAAGCUGAAAAAGUCGAAGAAGCUUAA